AUGAAAAUAUUCAGGAUUUUCAGAACUGGUAAUCUAGAAGUUGUGAAACCUCCACCUAGUGACGUGGGGCAGGAAAGGAGGUGUUCUGCACUUGAUUUAACGGUUCUAAGUGAAGAAGCUAAUCACCGCGAGGAGGAUGUACUACUACUGCCGUUUGUUGGUCAAUCAUUAAUAGAGGAAGGGCAUGAAAGUGUUUGUACGGAUUCUCGACAUGACAGUGCAGAACGGAGUUCAGUUUCAGAAGAGACGUUGAAAAGUGUGACUGGUUCAAGCGACCCUGACAAGAAAAGAGAGACAAAAGAGCCUAAAACAAAUCAUCCUUUCUCUCAAGUUUGCCAUACUACUGUUGAGAUAAUCACUCUAUCUGAUGAGGAGGAAAGUAGAAGAGAAAAAACCUCAGAUUUAGAUGUCGAGAGUGAUAAGGACGAGAUUUUUGUAAUUGAUGAAGUUACCAGUUUAUCGGCAUCAGUUACUGCUGUAGAGAAAUCAGUUCUAACUCAAAAGUCUGGAAGUGACAGCACUGCCUUUGCUAUGCCGUCAUAUACUUAUCGUGUUCUAAAGGAAGCAAUGCGCAAGUCAAUUCCUUUAUCGUUUCCUGAUUCGACGAUGAUAGAUAGGCUGCCAGUUGCAGGCGAAAGUACGGUUUUUAGCGAUUUGCUGAGUGAAGGAACAGCUCGGGUCACAGGACGUCUUUUGAGAAGUUGGAAAGAUAUUCAGGUACUGGUUGACCUAAGGAUAUGUAGCUAUAAUGUUUUAUGUCAAGAUACGAUGAGUAAAACCAGCUUCCUUUAUUCACAUCUCAGGAAUGGUACGAUGGACUGGGCUUACAGGUCCCAACUUUUAGCCAGAGAGUUUAUAUUAAUGAAUGCAGAUGUAAUAUGUCUGCAAGAAGUGCAGAGCACACAUUACACUACCUUUUAUCAACCGUUUUUUGGAACAUUGGGUUAUGAAAGCUUAUUUAAAAAACGAACCAGACAAUUUGUCGAUGGCUGUGCUGUAUUCUUUAGAAAGAAGUUUGAAUUGGUAGCAAACAUUCCUAUCGAAUAUUUCGUCCGUGAUCAUUCUAUCUUGGACAGAGACAACGUUGCACAAGUCAUUCGUCUCAAAGACAGAAGCAACAAUCGUGAGUUUUGUGUGGCAAACACACAUUUGCUCUUCAAUGUAAAACGCGGCGAUGUAAAACUAGCUCAACUCGCAGUACUUUUAGCACAUUUAGAUAAGAGUUGCGGACCGUCUUCAUCAAAGCCGUGCCCUUAUAUUUUAUGUGGUGAUUUCAAUAUGAGUCCUCAUUGUCCCAUAUAUAAUUUUCUAUUGGAUAACUACCUGUCGUUUAAAGAUUUGCGUUGUUAUGAUCUUUCUGGACAAGGUUUUUUUGGUGGCCGUUUGAUAAGGAGUGAUCUUAUGCCACCCGAGACAAACAUUGGAACCGACUGUCGAUUUGGAAAAAGAGGAGAGGUAAAAGACCAGAAGGACGAUUUUUGGACACAUAGCCUUAAUUUGGGAAGCGUCUAUUUCCAUUAUGAUUCCAAGGAUAAGCAAGAGGUCUCCUCAUAUAACUGUGUUGAAGCGGUGAACCCGGAUUUCAUGUUUUAUUCGGUCGGUCGUAGAGUCGUAAGGGAUGAUGAAUGUGAAAACCAUCUAAAAGUUGACGUUUUCGAAAGUUCGUUGAAGUUAUUAAGGCAUCUUUCGCUUCCAAAUGAGGAAGUAUUACGUGCAACAUUAGGUCCGUGGCCAAAUUAUGCUGUUCCAUCCGAUCACAUUCCACUCGUUGCGGACUUUUGUCUUACCUAA